UUGUCCCCCGUGAGCACAUUGCUCUUAGUCUUGUCGAAUCCCACACCAUGUGGGCCGAAGUCAACGGAGAGCGCAAAAAGGUCGCUUGCGGCCCGUGUAUCCGCGGUCAUCGCUCAUCCAAGUGCGAUCACCGCGACCGAGUCUUGGUCGAGGUUCGCAAGCCCGGUCGCCCUCUGAGCAGUUGCCCUCACCCUACCGGAUCAUGUAGCUGCGAACGGGUCGUUAUCAACUAUACGAUUCCCAAGUCUUCCGAAUGUGCCUGCCCCUCGGAAAGAGCGCAACCAGCAGCUCCAUCAACCGCGGGCGGACGUGUCCAGAAACAACGUCUUCGCAAAUCCGUCACCAACUUCAACACCGCCGUCCUCGAAAGAGCUAUCAAAGCGAAUCAGGAUGGCGAAACCGAUUCUUCUUCCAUUCUCACACGAACUCCGACGAGCGAAACCAACUCUGCUCCGUCCAGCGCCAGCUCUACCCCUCGCCUCCAACCCUCGCGCAAAGCCAGUCAAAGUGGCGAUAUCUCCACCUCUCAACCAGCAACCACCCCAACUGUCUCGAGCUGCUGCCAACCGAAACCGGUUCAGCAAAUUCUACCCCCACAAACUGGAGGCUGUUGUGGUUCCAAGGCACAGGAAGUACCCAAGGCAAUCCAGCAGCCCGCCAAAUCAUGUUGCGGAGGAGCAAAACCCACUCCGCAAAUGCACCCGCAAUACCCCGCCCAAGAUCCGACCACCAUGAAUCCCUUCACCAACUACCCUCCGCCAUUCCCGCCACAACACCACCACCAACAUUUCCAAUCGCCGCCCUACAACAUGCUUUCCCAAAACCCAUCCGCGAACAGCUUUGUUCCUAUGCCACCGCCCUUCAACUUCAACACCCCGAUAUACAACCACAUCGGCUCCAUGUUCUCGCCUCAGCCCUCGUCUUUACCCAUGUCACCGCAGCCGCUCCUUUCCAGCAACACUCAACCGCCGGUUGACCACAACUGCCAUUGCGGCGACUCGUGUAGCUGCUUCGGAUGCGCCGCGCAUCCCAAUAACGCAACUAUGAUGGAGUAUAUCCGCUCAAUGCACCAAUACAUGAGCACCGGACAUUUUACAUCAGGAUUACCUCCAACGUACGAUCUCCCAGCGUACGCGCAACACAACGCUUACCCACCCCCGCAAAACUACGCAAGUCCAGCGACAGCGCAUCAAAUCUCGUUCGCGCCGCAAGCACAGACAAUAGGAAGUGUCCCCGGAACCCCACUCACAGGCAUACAACCGGGACCCUGGGGACACCAACCCCAACAUCACCACCAACAAGACCUCGUAUCAACACCCCUCUCCACCCUCGACACAUCAUCCACUUCGCAUUACUUCUCCACCGCCACUCCCAACACAUCCACACACGACACCCCGAUUACAACAACGACAUCAAUCCCGCCGCCGACGUUAUUAAAACAGGAACAACCGCUGCAUUCACCGACCCUGGCCAACUCGCCCGCCUCGUCGACCAACUUGCACUCGGACAAUACGCCCCAGGAAUCCGCCGACGUGACGCUGUCGCCUUCUUCGUACUUUUGGAACGAGGUCGUGUUGCCUGGGUGCAACGAUGCGACGGGGACGUGCCAGUGUGGCGAUGGCUGCGAGUGUGUCGGGUGUUUGACGCACGGAGGGCACAAUGGAGUUGCGCUCUUGGAUUCUGUGGGGGAUGCUGGGUUUGAGGGGUUUGGCCAUGUCGAUGUCGAUGUCGAUGUUGAUGUCGAUGUUGGUGCUGGUGCUGGUGCUGGCUCAGCGGAGGUGGUUGGUGGUGCGGAUGCGCACGGGGUAGUACCGGUGGGGACGUAA